CAGCUGCUGGUAAAAAAACAUUCUUGAUUUUUUUAUUUGUGCGCAAAACAUUAAAUACUUGAUAAUUACAAUAUAUACACCAUAUCUAUUCAGAUUCCCAUAUACUCUUGUUUUAUUAGCCUUCACUGCAUUAAGGCGCUUUUCGCCUUUCAGGACAUUUUUGAAUAUUUCUUUAUGCACUUUAGAAACUUUCCCCUUUUGUUCGUUGCUGCCACAGAUGAGUGCAAAGCGAACGGAAUAGACAUAGAAGUGCAACGAUUAUUUACCUUGUUUGAUAAUUUCGUGAACGAGUUUUGGGCGUCUCGUAGUUGACUACGUUUCGUAAAUAUCUUUCUUUACUAGAUUGAGGUAGUUCUAAUUACUUGCAGACUAUCAGUCCCUGUAAUACGCAGUAAUAUUAAGCUUUAGCGGACGACAUGGAGUUGGACUAGUAACAGGAUCAUUCUCGGUAACGAGAAUAAAUUCGCGGAUGUUUGAUCGGGCAGCAAACGAAAAGUAAGUGACAAGACUCAUCAAAGAAAAGAGAGAUGCUAUCUUUAAAGAAAAUGUUAAAGCAGUAUUGAUGACACCACAACAAAAGAACUUGUGAUGCACAAAAAAUCAACAAUAUGGCUGUAGCUAUGACAGCAAAAAGUGCAUCUCACCUCUAGACAGAUAACGUCAGUGACUCUUAACCUGGACGACGUCAAACCAAUAGUUGGCAAUCGUUACUUAAUAUCUAUGCAAAAUGCGAUUCCAACCUUAGCGGCCCGAAAUUAUGUUUUACUGUUCCUGGAAGAUGUCAAACAUUCUGUCCAAACUGGAUACAUGAAUACUACAGUCCAGGUAGAGGAAGCUGGAUACAUUGAUUCUACAGUCCAGGUAGAGGAAGCUGAAUACAUGGAUUCUACAGUCCAGGUAGAGGAAGCUGAAUACAUGGUUUCUGCAGUCCAGGUAGAGGAAGCUGGAUACAUAGAUUCUACAGUCCAGGUAGAGGAAGCUGAAUACAUGGAUUCUACAGUCCAGGUAGAGGAAGCUGGAUACAUGGUUUCUGCAGUCCAUGUAGAGGAAGCUGGAUACAAUAAUUCUGCAGUCCAGGUAGAGUGAGCUGGAUACAUGGUUUCUGCAGUCCAUGUAGAGUGAGCUGGAUACAUGGUUUCUUCAGUCCAAGUAGAGGAAGCUGCAUCUGCUUUGCUCAAUUUCCAUGUGUGUUUUCCACUAUUGAUACAAGCAAAAUUAGCAAAUUCACCACUGGACAUGGACGUUUAUAAUCAGUGUGCUGUGAACAAAUUGGAACGAUGGAGUCGGGAUCCUUCAGGACUGAUCACAGGAACAGAAAGAAUAUGGCAUGGUGCGAAAGGUCGAUCUGUAUAUGAUGACUACAUGGAAAGCAUCGCUGUGAAAUUUGCCAGGAAUGACUUACUCAUAUCCUUGAUGAAAGAAAUGGUACAGGCUGGGGGAGCAAAAUUGGUAAGCCAUGCUGAGGAACACCUCCCAGAUGGUAUAUAUGCUAAUCCAUCAACACAGGCCAUUUCUGCAUUCAACUCAAUAGGAGAUGUGACCAAUGACAUCAUCGAAAGCACAUUUGGAAUGACAGGCAGAUGAUGAUAGCGCAAUAUUCAAAUCCAGCUUAUGUGUCCAGUUUGAUUGCUGUAAAGCGAGACAAGCCUGUGAACUGGAUCUUCUAUUCCACACUGGAUGUAGACAAAGUUUGCGAAGUUGCCAUGAAAAGUGCUAAGAGGAAACGUUACCAAAGACAGGUUUAUUUCUGUAUGGCCGCAAAGGCUUGCUCUAAUAGCUAAACGUCGCAAAAGAAGGAUGAGGAAAGCAAAAAGACUGAAAGAUAAUUUGAAUAGGGCCAAGACUGAAAGGUGUAGAUGCUGCAAGACUUUAAAAAAUCUCAAAAAAAAUAAAGCAAUACGUAUUGUGGAUAUCGCAAUGUACCGUUAAUCCAGUUCAAAGUGCUAAUGUGUUAAAAGGGCUCUUAAAGAAAAAAAGAAAAAACCUGAAUUGUAUUAAGUGAUAUCUCAAAGUCAGCUCCAGCUCCUUGUAUUGCAAAAAAAUGUAAAUGUAGAAUUAGGGGACUAGUCGUUAUCGGACGAUGACACAAUCAACAUGUUCCAGCCAUUGGUGACUUUCCAGGGACAGGACAGGGGACAGAAGUUCAGAGGAUGAAGAUGCAUUGUAUGACGUUGUUACUUUGGCUUCUAAAAAAGCCAAGUUUUAAAUUCCAUGUUUUUGUCCUGACUUUUAUACAUGUUUGAACAAUGUGAUGACUGUUACUCCAAAUCAUGGAUGUGUCUUUAUGCGGAAAUAUAUUUUGAAAUUUAAAAAAGAAAAGAACAUUUCAAUAUUUAACAAAUAAUUGAGUAAAACAUGAUAACUUUUUUUUAGAUUUAAAUCUAGAAAGAAAUGCAUCAGAAUAAGACCUUUAACUUGUUGACAUAUCAGGCUAUCAUGUAAAACAUGUUUUGAUUGGUAAUUAGUUCAAAGUAACUUACUUUUUUUACUUUUUGGCCUUUUUUGAAGAGUUACGCCCCUUAAUUUUUCUAAAAUUGUUUUGAGAGGGUACAUUUAUUUCGUAUUUUAAUAUUUUACAUUUUUUUCUUCUUGUAGUCCACAUAUGAACCAUAUUCUUCAAUUUUAAUAUAACUUCAAAAGGAUUUAUGAAUAUUUUUGAAAAUGUGCCAGGACCACUUUGGACUGUCAUUUUUUUAUCAAGUGAUUUGUUAAAAUUGUGAAUUUUGAUAAUCAUUUAUGCUGAUAAUAGCCUUACUUCGGUAAUUAUUUUAGUAUUUGUUGAAUGUAUAUAUGUAAAUCAGUGUAUUUAGAGGUGAUGGCUACGGUAGAUGUGUGAUCAGUGAAAUUAUGACCUGGCAAACAUCCAAAUUUAAUCAGUCUAUGCGAUGCGAUAAUUUGCAUUUAUAGCCAUUUUCUUAUGUCCACAACAUAGUCAUAUUGGAUUUAUUGUCAGAAAUAAAACAGGUAUUAAACUUUGAAAAUGGCAAUUUGUUAAAAAAUAUUAUAUACCGUGGGCCUCCCUAACUACUUACUAUUAUUAUUCUUUCUUUCGGUUUCUUCCACCUGGGAGGUGUCCAACUCAUUUCUGAAAAACUGUUGAACGGAACUAAUUAAACUUUACGCGAGUGUUCAUCAUGGUAAGGAGGUGUGGAAAUGAGUUUUCAUUUUCCGAUCGGUCAACAAAGAUGGCCACCACGGCCUCUGAUUGGUCGAAAUUAAAUAUAUAUUAAAUUGGCUCAUAUUAGGUAUGUAUGUGUAUUUUGGCACUGUUAACUAAGCCGCGACAUCCUUUUCUGUUUCGACAAUUUUACCUCGGUAUUCUAGCUUCUGAUUGGUCGAAAUUCAGAUAUUGUUCGAUUUUUUUAAGACUGCAAACUCAACUGAGGUAUCGGAUUUCUGAUUCGACAAAAUGGCUGCCAUAUACUGGCUUCUGAUUUGACGGAACUUAGAUAUUGUUCGAUUUUAUUCAAAGAUGGGGUCAAUAAUUGGCCCCACAUUAAUUUCUUUUCUUCUUUUUUGCCAUAUGUAGAAAUAUAAAAUGAUCAAUAACUG